AUUCCAACUUCCCUUUGAAUCCACAUUUCUUACCCUUGGUCAUUCAUUUACCGUUCUUCAAACAAACCCCCACCAUCCCCAGUCCCAUCAAACACCUCUUUCUCCCUUCUCUCUCAUAAUUCAUCCUGAAUUUCAGUCAAGGGUUCCGCAAAUACGGUCUAUACACUCUGUCAUCAUCUAUUUCCUGCCUCUUUCCAUCCACCAAAUCCCAACAAACUAUAUUGAAUUCACAGAUAUUGUGUGUCUAUAAUAUAUAUUUGGAUUAUUAUUAUUUGGAUAUUUAAUAUAAAUAAUACUUGUCUCAUCAUGUUGAAGAAAAUCAAAAGAAGAGUCAAAAUUAUCAUCAACAACACUUUCAAAAAGCCUCGCAAACCCUAUAAACCCCCAACUCAACAACCAGAGCCACCACCAUCUUCCUCUCCCUCUCCUCCACCAGAACCCCCACCACCAACCACCAUGUCACCACCACGACAAACCCACAAAGGAAAAACCCAUCCUUUCCUCUUCCCUCAAACCCAAUCCACUGUCCUCCCUGACCCUUCCCGCUUCUUCUCUCCCAACCUCCUCUCAAACCCUUUGCCCACCAACUCAUUCUUCCAAAACUUUGUCCUCAAGAAUGGUGACCAACCUGAAUACAUCCACCCAUAUCUCAUCAAAUCUUCUCACUCCUCACUUUCUCUCUCCUACCCAUCUCAGUUCUCCAACACUGUCUUCACCUACCAAGUAAUCAAUCAGGACCUUACAAUCUCUGCAUCAAGUAACACCAAUCCCAAUUCGACCCAUAUGGUCUCUUCAUACAGUGAUCUCAGUCUUACUUUGGAUCUUCCUUCUAGCAAUCUCAGGUUCUUUCUCGUCAGGGGAAGCCCUUUCUUGACUUGUGACACCAUAGGCAAGGUUAAACUUUCCAUUUCAACAAUUCAUGCCAUUCUUCAGUUCUCUCCAAACAGUUCUCUCACUAAAUACACCAUCAAGCUUAACAAUAACCAAACAUGGCUUUUGUAUAGUUCUUCGCCCAUUAAUUUGAGCCAUGACAUGUCUUCCAUAAGUUCUGAUAAUUUUUCAGGCGUAAUCCGGAUUGCCCUCUUGCCAGAUUCCAAUCCAAGGUACGAAGCAAUCCUUGAUCGGUGCAGUUCUUGUUAUCCGGUUUCCGGUGAUGCGGUCUUAGCGAAACCAUUUUGUUUGGAGUACACAUGGGAUAAGAAAGGUUGGGGAGAAUUGCUCAUGCUUGCUCACCCUCUCCAUCUUCAGCUUCUUUCCACUAAUGAUUGCAAAGUUACUGUAUUGGGCGAUUUCAAGUAUAAAAGUAUUGAUGGUGAGCUUGUUGGUGUUGUUGGAGAUUCAUGGGUUCUGAAAAGUGAACCAAUUUCACUGACUUGGCAUUCAAAUAGAGGUAUUAAAGAAGAAUCAUAUCCUGAAAUCAUUGAAGCUCUUCGUAAGGAUGUCGAGGGCCUAAAUCCAAGCACAAUAUCAACAUCAUCAUCUUAUUUUUAUGGGAAAUUGAUUGCAAGAGCUGCAAGGUUUGCAUUGAUUGCUGAAGAGGUGUGUCAUCCUGAGGUGAUUCCCGCAAUCCGGAAUUACUUGAAAAAUAAUAUUGAGCCAUGGCUAGAUGGAACUUUUGAGGCAAAUGGUUUCUUGUAUGAUGAAAAGUGGGGUGGAAUUGUGACUAAACAAGGUUCAUUGGAUUCUGGGGCUGAUUUUGGUUUUGGAGUCUAUAAUGAUCACCAUUAUCAUCUGGGGUACUUUCUGUAUGCAAUUGCAGUCCUUGCCAAGAUUGAUCCAGCAUGGGGGAGGAAGUAUAGGCCUCAGGCUUAUUCGCUUAUGGCAGAUUUCAUGAACUUGGGCAGGCGAACAAGUUCAAAUUAUCCCCGGUUGAGAUGUUUUGACUUGUGGAAAUUGCAUUCUUGGGCUGGAGGGCUGACUGAAUUUGCGGAUGGGCGAAACCAGGAGAGCACAAGUGAGGCGGUGAAUGCUUAUUAUUCAGCAGCUUUGAUGGGGUUGGCCUAUGGGGACACCCAUCUGGUUGCCACUGGAUCCACACUUUCAGCAAUGGAGGUUUUGUCAGCACAAACUUGGUGGCAUGUGAGAGAGGGGGACAAGAUCUAUGCAGAAGAUUUCACCAGGGAGAACAGGGUGGUGGGUGUUUUGUGGUCCAACAAAAGGGACAGCGGGCUUUGGUUUGCUCCACCUGACUGGAAGGAGUGUAGGCUGGGAAUUCAGUUGUUGCCAUUAUUGCCAAUCUCUGAGUUUUUGUUUUCUGAUGUUGGGUUUACAAAAGAGCUUGUGGAAUGGACAGUGCCUGCUUUGGGAAGGGAGGGGGUUGGAGAGGGUUGGAAGGGAUUUGUCUAUGCCUUGGAAGGGAUUUACAACAAAGACAGUGCUUUGGAAAAGAUUAGGAACUUAAAUGGACAUGAUGAUGGGAACUCACUUACGAAUCUUCUAUGGUGGAUUCACAGUAGAGGUGAUGAAGAGGGAUGUGAGUCAGGUGGGAGAUUAAGUUGGUUUGGUCGCUACUAUCACUGAAUUAAUAUGAUAGCUUCUGCUGGUUGGUUUGGUUCUCCUGCGUGCUGGAGGAAUUUGAAUAAAGGAAAUGGAAUAUGAUGUUGAGUGCAGCCAAGGAGAAAUCUUGGAACAUAUAUGUAUGGGCAUUCAUGACUGAGUUGGUUUGUUUAUUGUGUAUAUUUUCUGCUUAUGAUUUGAUCUAUAUACAGAUUGAAAUAAGAUGAAUUAUAUUGCAUUAA